CAUUUACUGAAAAAGGCAAAGCUGAGAUUCCAGCGGCUCCGGGGGGAGCGCCGGGGGGUCCGGAGGGGCUCGGAGCCGCCUCAGCCCCGCCGGACACGGCUCGGACACCGGGACCCGCUGUGGAGCCCUGGACAGCCGGACCCCGGCGAGGCUCCCUCGGUGACGGAGCCGUGUGGGCACGGCCUGGCCCUGCUCCUGUCCCUGCUCCUGUCCCUGCUCCUGUCCCCACGCAGCCACAGCCAGGAGCUCUGGGCCGGGCCAGGAGCCGAUCCCGAGGGGUUGGCCAUGGAAUAGGCGCUUUUCCAGGUGCACAGCGGGAGGCUGAGGUUGGCCGCCCCGAAGGCGCCGUGCCCUGGAGCCCCCGGCCUCUGCCAUGAAUGAUGCAUCCACCAUGGAUUAUGAACUGCUCUCGCCAUCCCUGGUGGAGCACCCCGCGGGCUCGGCGGGCAUGGAUGCCGAGCAGAAAACUGUCUUCGCCUUCGUCAUCUUCCUGCUGGUGUUCCUGGUGAUGCUGAUGGUGCGCUGCUUCCGCAUCCUGCUGGACCCCUACAGCCGCAUGCCCGCGUCCUCCUGGACGGACCACAAGGAGGGCUUGGAGCGGGGCCAGUUCGAUUACGCCCUGGUGUGA